UGAACACAGACACGCAGACAUGAAUAGAGGGCUCUGGAACUUGACACACUGAGCGCAGGGAACCAGUGCUCCCAAGCUAACAACAAGACCUGAAUGAUGAUCUUUUGGUGGUUCCUGGCACUGCUGCUGGGAUCUGUUGAAAUAUAUAGAGCCCAUGAAUGUGAUGUGUUCACUUAUCUGGACCUUUAUCACGCUAUCAUUGGAACCAGUCUGUAUGUGAAGCUGUUGCUGUACACCAGAGCUAAUCUGACCUGUGGUCAGGAGCUGUCCCACCAUAACCUGUCAGCCCAGCCCCAGUUCAACCUCACCAAGCCCACCACUUUUGUCGUUCAUGGCUACCGUCCUACGGGCGCUCCGCCCAACUGGUUGAAUAACAUCAUAGAGCAGCUGUUGGCCCGCGGAGACAUGAAUGUCCUGGUGGUGGACUGGAACCGCGGAGCUGCCAAUAUCAACUACCUGAAAGUUGUGACCUACUCACGAGAUACAGCGGACAACCUCACUGCCUUCAUUCGAAACAUGCAGGAGAAUGGUGCCUCUCUUAGUUCCAUCCAUAUGAUUGGGCUCAGUCUAGGAGCUCACAUCACAGGCUUUGUUGGAGCCAAGUUUAAUGGCAAAAUUGGGAGGAUCACAGCUGUAGAUCCAGCGGGGCCUCAGUUCAACGGGAAACCCCCUGAGGAUCGUCUGGACCCUACAGAUGCACAGUUUGUAGACGUUGUGCACACAGACAUGGACGCAUUUGGUUUCAGGAAGCCUUUGGGCCACAUUGAUUUCUAUGCUAACGGUGGAGCCGACCAGCCUGGCUGUCCACUGACCAUCUUAUCAGGAUCUGGAUAUUUUAAGUGUGACCACCAGAGAUCAGUGCUCCUCUAUCUGGGUUCCCUGAACCGGACCUGUAACAUCAGAGCUUUCCCCUGCACCUCCUAUACUGACUUCCUGGACGGACUUUGCAUGGAUUGUGAUCAAUUCAAACCUGCCGGAUGCCCUGUAUUUGGUUAUGACAUCAUAGAGUGGAAGGAGUCUCUGGUUCCUCUGCAGCAAACCAAGGCUUUCUUCACCACCAAUAAACAGACACCAUACUGCAAGACGAGCUAUUGGGUGGACAUUGUAACAUGGAACCAUGAUACUCGCUGGGGCUACAUCACCAUAAAACUACACAAUGGUAGUGAGGUGACAGAGGCAACAAUAAACCAUAAAGCAUCCAGUUUUAAAAAGUACUCAGAGACCCGAUUACUGGCCCAGUUUGAAAAAGACCUUCAGAAAGUCCACAAGAUCUCAAUCAAAUUCUCCAGGGUGAAUGCAUUUAAACCUAAGUACAAACUACGGGUGCUCCGCAUCCGUCUCACACACCUGGAGCGCAAAGACAGGCCUCUCUGCCGCUAUGACAUUCUCGUGGAGGACAACAGAGAGGUGACCUUCAGAUCCAUCCCCUGUGAGGAGUCCAACUUCUGAGACAAUAACAGAUACACAGUAUGAUGUAGAGAGUCAGCAGUGGCCAUUUGAUGGCCCUCUGGGUAAAUGGAGUGAGGCAGUUGACCCAGGUAGCCUACAUGCUACUCACCCUCUGGUCCGUGUAUUCAGUGGCUUAAGUCUAGUAUGAGUCCAGAGCAUUGUAAAUGUGUGUGAUGAUUUUAAUGAAUGAUAUAUUGUAUUCAUUUAUGAUUUUUUUUAAAGUACUAUGAUGAUUGUGUCUGUAUCACUGAGACCACUGUGUGGUAUAAUAUCUGUGGGAAACCACUACUAAAUUCAUAUUUUAUUAACGUAAAUACAUAUGACAUUUUUGGGAAUGAGAGCCACGUCAAUGGGUCAUUACACGAAAAGAGUGCAUUUUGUAUCCCUUUGAUAUCUUAAUUAACCCCUCUAUGGAAAGAGGAGACUCUCUCGAACACGAUUGUGUUCUCCGUUUUGCUCUACGACCCCCACAAGUGUCUUGGGACUCGUCUGUCAGUAAAUAUCAGUUGUUUUGCUCUAGGACCUCACAAGACUUCUGAAGGUCCCACGGUACCCGUUUAAAAAAAGAUUGGAAGUGUAUAUGGAGACUGUUUAGUGCCAAAAAUAAGGGUAAAUACGUUCCCUGCUCUUUCUUAUAUCUCUCAGAUAUACGACAGACACUUAAGAACUAACUUCCUUUAGAUAAUUUUUUUAGCUAAAUAAUCCUUAGUAUGACCUUAAAACAAUUCCAUAUAGCUUAGUAGAACACCCCCCCCCUCUUAGACAGGGCUUGGACUGUUUAGUGCCAAAAAGAAGGGGUUUAUUGUACAUAUAUUUUUUAAACAUCACGUGGAGAAUUCAAUACAGAUUUUUUAUAUGAAUAAAGACUUGCUAAAGUGCCAAAAUGAAUCAUUUUGACAUGUCCCUCCUCUGUGUCCCUCUGUGCCCCUCUGUGUCCCUCUGUGCCCCUCUGUGUCCCUCUGUGCCCCUCUGUGUCCCUCUGUGUCCCUCUGUGCCCCUCUGUGUCCCUCUGUGCCCCUCUGUGACUUCUUGGAAGAUUUUAACUGACUUGACCCCAACAUUUCUCCAAGUUUCCACCCUCAUUGUAAAGCCCCAACCCUGUUAUGGUCAACCCUGUUAUGGUUAACCCUGCUACUUAAUUUGGCACUUAAAGUUAGGUGAAAUCAAACGUUUUUUUGACCAAGUUACAUCAAAUUGGUGGAAUGACCCCAAUACAAUUGAACAUGUACCUUAAACCACUUGACUUAAAGAACAUGCUUGUUUUUUUGUUUUUAUUUUAUAAAAAAUGUCACAUAAUAAGCUGAUAUAAAAUGUUUUUGUAGAAGA